UGGAUCGUAUUCCACAGUCCACACAGCAUCUGUCUAUAGUUUCAUUAAGCAAAGUUUUCAUUUUAUUGUAAUUAUCGGAGUUUUUGUGUUGGUAGUCAAUUUCAUUUUUAAUAAAUUAGACCAAGAUUUGAUUUUUUGUACCAGAUUAAAGAAAUAAAUGAUUUCUCAAACAAAAUGAGUUUCAAAUUAAGCAGCAUCAGCACAGAAUCAGGUGCUUCUUCUAGUUCGAAGCUGUCGAAAAACUAUCCUAAAACUGUAAAAUAUCGAAGUGGACACCAUCAUCACAGACACCGAUAUGAAGAACCUAAGCAUGAAAGAAUUGUAAGACGUUCCAGUUCCGAAAGUAGUACAUUAAGCAAAUCAAGCUCAAAUGUGUCCUACAGAUGUGUCACUACAGUAGGAAAAUCUUUUGUUAGUCGUUGUAUCGGAGUUUUCGGCAUGAAUAUUUUCACAAAGAAAAAGUACAUAUUUGAACUUUUUUCCAAAUUUGGACCAAUAGAAAAUUUCAACUUUAUAACAGAUGCUAGGACUGGUUUAUUUCGAGGCUUCUGCUUUAUUUACUACAUUAGCACUGAUGAUGCGAAACUAGCUAAAAAAACUCUAAACGGUAUUGACAUCGAUGGACGCAAAAUUAGAGUUGAUUACUCAUUCACACAACGUCCACAUUCACCCACACCAGGUCUUUACAUGGGUCGUUGUACAAAACAGUUAAAUAGUCUUCUAUUCUUAGUUACUCUAAACCAGUUAGUCAUAAGAAUCCAGAGCAUCAUCGUUUUAAACGUCAUUGCUGCUGCUGCCGUAGUCGUUAUCCUACACAAAUACGCGAACUUUCUUAUAGAUACUCAUAUAGUAAUCGCCACAGACAUAGAAGACGCACAAGAAGUCGAUCAUAAACAAUAAGUCUAUAAAAACAAUUGGUUCCACAAUUC